UUUACUCCCACGAAGAAGCAGCCCGGGUGGCUCUCUGUUGGACAUGUCACAGAACUGAGGGCGAUGCUAACUUGUAACCAGUAGUUAGAAAGAGUUAUUCCAAGGUACCUCGAGGCUUAGAGUAGCAGCUGUCGAGCACAUCAUACCAGGGGCGGCCUGCGAGAGAGGGUCCUACACACCGGUGAAACGUUACGGAUCCCGGCUGGUUAGCUGGCAUUAGCUGGGAGCUCCCUCAAAGUAUCGUCAUGUCUGCGGCCGGAGACUUCGGGAACCCUCUGAGGAAAUUCAAGCUGGUCUUUCUCGGGGAACAGAGUGUGGGAAAGACUUCGCUGAUCACCAGGUUCAUGUAUGACAGCUUCGACAAUACUUACCAAGCCACAAUAGGAAUAGAUUUCCUGUCAAAAACCAUGUACCUUGAAGACAGAACAAUCAGGUUGCAGCUGUGGGACACGGCGGGGCAGGAGCGAUUUCGUAGCCUCAUCCCAAGUUACAUCAGAGACUCUGCCGCUGCUGUCGUCGUGUACGACAUCACAAACGUCAACUCUUUCCAGCAAACCACAAAGUGGAUCGACGAUGUGAGAACGGAACGAGGGAGCGACGUCAUUAUCAUGCUGGUGGGAAACAAGACGGACCUUGCUGACAAAAGACAGAUAACCACAGAGGAGGGAGAGCAAAGAGCGAAAGAGAUGAAUGUUCUGUUUAUUGAAACAAGUGCAAAGACAGGCUACAAUGUGAAACAGCUCUUCCGCCGCGUGGCGGCCGCCCUCCCCGGCAUGGACACCACACAGGACAAGAGUAGAGAGGACAUGAUCGACAUUAAGCUGGAGAAGCCGCCAGAGCAGCCCACCAGUGAAGGAGCCUGUUCCUGCUAAUGUCCCGGCCUUGUCACGGCUGCUUCUGAAAUCCGUUUUGGCUUUCCUGUAUAUUCCCCCUCACUGCCCCCCCCCCCCCCCAAGCUUCAGUUCCCGGGUCUGCCAGAGAACACUACAUCCAUUUUAUUCUUGUCAUUGUGGGAAAAAACUGCUCUGAUAGUCAUAAAUCACUUUAAUUGAAUAUUUGCACUGUAACACACAUACGCAGCGAGUAUUUACAGCUCGGCCGUCUGUUGAGCUCUCUAGUCGUUUGUUUCCGGCAUCUAGACGGUGGUACAAGAGUGAUGAGUCACUUUGGGGUAGUUGGUAUCAGACGAUACCAGAUUUAUCAACCAAACUGAAUGAUGUGUGUGUUUUAAGAGUGUCAAUAUCUUUUGGAAACUCCUGUAUUGCUUUAAGCUUAAUAAGCACAACGUGGCUCUCGUAUGCAUUUAUCAGUCAACUUAAUUUGUGCCGCAUUUCCAAGUGAUAGGGAAGGAUUCACGACAAGCUGUGUUAAAAGUGGUCUGUUUUUAAAUUGUUUUUUUUUUAUUAUUAUUUUUGAAUAUCUGGUGGCGAAAAGUUGUGUCAAAGGUUAUCAGCAAACACUCGUCUUGACUCGUUUACACCCCCGAAGUGUUCGUGGUAAACUCAUGUUGAGGGUUGAGGUGCCUGUACCAGCAGUCACCAUCGUCCCGCAGGACGCAGCAACCGCACGAUACCAAACCAGCACCACACACACACACCACACGGCUGCACUGUCCACAUCACCGUCCUCCAUCUUCCCCAAGUCUUUUUAGAGAUGGUUUUAUUUUUACCUUGGCUUCCAUUUUCUACUCUCUCUUUAUUUUUUUUAUUUGACUAGAUCUUUAAUUAUUUUUCCUUAUGGACUGCAGAUAUCAUAGAUUACAACUAUUUGAUGGUAGUAUUUGAGGAGGAUUUUUACAUGAAACCCAUCAGAAACAUUAGAUAAGGCGAUACAUACCUUUGGAGGGUAAAUUGUAUGUAGAGGGCUUCCUUGGUUUUGGGUUUAUCUAGUUAAGUUUGCGAUCAUCUUUAUAAACGAGAUUAAAGAUUUUUUUUUUCUUUGUUUUUAUUUUUGGCAUUGAUCUUUUGUUAGUGAUCAUUCUACAUGUGUAUUUAAUCCACAAUGACUUGUAAUAUUUAUUUCUUUUGGAUUCAUGUUUCUUUUUUAUGGCUGUUAAUAUCAUCGCACUCGGUAUGGAGUUUUGAAUCGCUAAUGAAUAUAUGCAUCCAUCUGGACCACCUUUAACAGAAUCAGUAGAGUGUGUCUGCUGUUUCCUCUCAGUGGGAGUUUGAUCAUAUUGAUAAUAUUGUGCAAUUUCUGUGUGAACUUAUUGAGGAGAGUCUGACAUGUAUAGCAUAGUAGUCCUUAACGUUUCUGUCUGGAAUGGUUUUAAAAUGGAAGAAUAAAAGUACAUUUGUCACCGCU